AUGGAACCAAGGAACCACACUUGGGUUAUGGAAUUCCUUCUCCUGGGACUUUCAGAGGAUCCAGGAUUGCAGCCUCUCUUCUUCAUGCUAUUCCUCUCCAUGUACCUGGUCACUGUCAGUGGGAACCUCCUCAUCAUCCUGGCCAUUCUGUCAGACCCACACCUCCACACACCCAUGUACUUCUUCCUCGCCAACCUGUCCAUGGUGGACAUUUGCUUCACUUCCACCACCAUCCCAAAGAUGCUAGUGAACAUUCAGACACAGAGCAGAGCCAUCAGCUAUGUAGGCUGCAUCACACAGAUGUUCUUCUUCCUUUUCUUUGUAGCUCUGGACAACUUUCUCCUGGCCACGAUGGCCUAUGACCGGUUUGUGGCCAUCUGUCACCCUUUGCACUAUACAGUCAUCAUGACCCCCUGGCUCUGUGUGCAGCUGGUUCUGGGGUGCUGGACCAUCAGUGUCCUCUAUGCCUUGUUAAACAUCUUACUGGUGCUGAGGCUUAGCUUCUGCACACAUGUGGAAAUCCAUCACUUUUUCUGUGAGUUGAAUCAGGUGGUCCACAGAGCCUGUUCUGACACCUUUCUCAAUGAUCUCAUGGUGUAUCUUGCUACUGUGUUGCUGGGAGGAGUUCCUCUGGCUGGGAUCCUGUACUCUUACUCCAAGAUCGUCUCCUCCAUCUGUGCCAUCUCAUCAGCUCAGGGGAAGUAUAAAACCUUUUCCACCUGUGCCUCUCACCUUUCUGUUGUUUUCUUGUUUUAUGGAACAGGACUGGGUGUGUACCUCGGCUCAACUGCUAUACACAACUCACACUCAACUGCAGCCACCUCAGUGAUGUACACUGUGGUCACCCCCAUGUUGAACCCCUUCAUCUACAGUCUUAGGAAUCACGAUAUCCAGAGAGCGGUGAUAAUACAUCUGCGGGAAAUCUUCCGAUGGCCAUUUUUAAGUCAUAGCCACAAAUCAGGUCUUUAA